AUGCUAGACUCAUCUGUAAUACUUUCCAAAACCAACUUCUGCAAUUCGAGAAAAAAUCGAUUGCCCUCUUCUACUUAUAAAUAUACUCUGGACAGCGAGUACAUCAAGCGGUACCUGGGUGAGCUGACUCCGAUGCAGGAGUCCCGGCUGCUGCAACUGCGGAAGUGGAUCGCUGAUCUGCAGAAGGGCAAGGUGCCAAGUGACACAACACUACUGCGUUUCCUUCGAGCUCGAGAUUUCAACGUAGAGAAAGCCAGGGAGAUGCUGUCUCAGUCCCUACUUUGGCGCAAAAAGCACCAAGUCGACAAAAUAUUAUCAGAAUAUGAAACUCCUGAUGUCGUGAAGCAGUACUUCCCUGGUGGUUGGCAUCACCAUGACAAGGACGGGCGUCCGCUGUACGUUCUGCGAUUGGGACAAAUGGAUGUCAAAGGCCUGCUGAAGUCUAUCGGAGAAGAUGGCCUCUUAAAGUUGACCCUUCACGUAUGUGAGGAAGGACUAAAACUCCUAGAAGAGGCCACCCGUGCAUCGGAACACGCAAUCCAGUCCUGGUGUCUACUCGUUGACCUGGACGGGCUCAACAUGCGCCACCUCUGGCGGCCUGGAGUGAGGGCUCUGCUCCGUAUCAUUCAGAUCGUGGAAGCUAAUUACCCCGAGACUAUGGGACGGGUUCUGAUCGUCAGGGCUCCGAGGGUGUUUCCGAUAUUGUGGACCAUUGUCAGCACCUUUAUUGACGAUAACACUCGCAGUAAAUUCUUGUUUUACGGCGGCAAGGACUAUCUGCAACCGGGUGGCCUACUCGACUAUAUACCGAAGGACCUAAUACCCGACUUCCUUGGAGGACCUUGCAAGAGCUUCGUACACGAAGGUGGUCUGGUGCCGAAGAGUCUGUACGUCAGCGGUACCUUCACAGAAAGAGAUGGAGAUCCAUUAAGCGAGGACAGCAUCUAUCGAUCUGUCAGUUUGGGUAAAGGACAGGUACACGAAGUGAUAGUAGUGAACCGCGACCCCCAGAGCGUGUUGACGUGGGACUUCGACGUGCUCCGUCACGACAUUGCGUUCACCGUGUAUAGGAGUGAACAUGAACUCCGACACGCUCCUGCUGAUGCCACAGCUCUAUGCGUAGGUGGGAGUGAGGAGCAGAAGUCUGUGCUGGAACAGAAAGGGUGGCGGGAAGGGGAGCACUUCCACAGGGUGGAGCCUACCCUCGUGUGCCAUGAUGGAGAGAGCAUACAGGGCUCUCACGUGAUGGUGGAGUGCGGCAGCUUCGUGCUGCAGUGGCGCUGCGAGCUGCUCGACAGCGCGCACCGCGCCGCACAGCUCAUGUACUUCCACGAGACGCUCACCAGCCACCACUACAAAGGAUCGAUGUCCAGUCUACAGUCAGGAACUAGCGGCUUCUCUUGCCUGUCGGGCAAGUCCAUGGCCAGCAGCUGCCCGUCGCGGUGA